AUAAUCUCGUUCACUUUGUGUCCAACUGUAUGAUAGGUACGAUAUUGGCUGUCUUCUAUUUAAUUUCGAAAAGAAUCAUGUCUGUAACCGAGAGGACUUUCAUCAUGGUCAAACCCGACGGUGUCCAAAGAGGACUCGUUGGCAAGAUCAUCAAGAGAUUCGAACAGAAGGGCUUCAAACUCGUCGCUCUUAAAUUCCAAUGGGCUUCCGAAGAACUGUUGAAGAAGCACUACGCCGAUUUGGCCGACAGGCCCUUCUUCCCGUCUUUGGUCAGCUACAUGAACAGCGGCCCAGUCGUACCUAUGGUGUGGGAAGGUUUGAACGUCGUCAAAACCGGCCGCGUUCUGCUCGGUGAAACCAACCCAGCCAACUCCGCCCCAGGAACCAUCAGAGGAGAUCUGUGCGUUCAAGUUGGACGUAACAUCAUCCACGGAUCUGACUCCGUCGAAUCUGCCAACAAGGAAAUUGCCUUGUGGUUCGGUGAGAAGGAGGUUGUCAGCUGGACCCCAGCCUGGGACAAAUGGGUUAACGAAGGAAACUAAGCAUUUCAUACAUUCUUACUUGUUAUUCUUAUUUAUAUUCAAUAAACGAAAGUUUUGCUAAAGAAA